AGAAACCAAAAUAAUGACAACUCGACAGUAGUACGGGUAGUACGUACUUGACCUGUAAAUCAGGACAAAGGUAGAAGGUGGAACAAAAACCUUUCCCAUCAUCGAAAUGCAGUUUUUCCUGCUGUUGCUCUAGCUUUGAACAAGAAAUCUGACAAAGCAUCAUCCGCAAGAUGUCCUGGUUCAAGGACAUCACCAGCAAAGCAGAGUUCAUGCUCGAGAAGCUGGACAAAAAUGCAGCGGCCGCACUGAGCACUGAUACAAUUCAGAAAGCAGCUCCCAAAGCGGUCACCCUAGAUAUUCCACCUGAUGAGGGACCAGAUACCAUCCCUGAAGAAGCUCUGUUAGCUACACCUUCUCAACAAAAUGGCAUCUCCACGCCCAAGAAAAGUUCCACGCUGUCGCAGUUGAGGAGUUCAAAGAGCAGUUCUUCCUUGAAAGCGUUGAGGAAGAAAAAGGAGUCUCAAGAGGAAGACAUGAUGAAAUAUUUGAACAGCUCCUCCAGCACUGCUAUAACCAUUCCUGACACAGUUGAUGGGGACCAAUCAGCAGCAAUCCGAACUGAAAACAACCUUUUGAAAUCAGAGAUUGAAAGCCUGAAUUUAGAAGUGUCGAGGCUGUUGAAAAGGGUGAAGCAGCAUGAAAAUGACCAAGCUGAGCUCAUUUCACGGCAGGCAAAAAUCACUGAACUGGAUAUGGCUCUUCAAACAACCAGAACGGAGGCGCAAAAAUUAAGCAAGGACUUGACUGAGCUGCAGGCCCUGAAGUCCGAGUCCCACUUUGAGCUGUCCUCUGAGAUCGAACGACUUUCGAAACUUUCCAAAGACCAUGAAACCGCAACCAUAGCUCUGUCCAAAGAAAACGCUCGUAUGGCGAUGGAACUGUCCUCAGCUCAGCAGGAGCUGGCCUCUUUAAGAGAAAAUUUUGAAAAGUAUAGGACCAGAGCGCAGAGCGUGCUGAGUGAGAAGGACUCGCUGAUUGCAAGGCUCAAAGACCACCAGCCCACGGAACAAGAACUUAAACAAGAUGACAAUCUGGAAAAUGAGGAAAUCCAGCUACUCAGGCAAGGAAAUGAAGAAAUGAUAAACCAACUGAACGUAGUCAGGGACGAAUUGACUUCUCGCGAGGAGGAGAAAACCCAGCUGGCCAGAGCUUUGAAUGAGGUGCAAGCAACUUUGGACGUAACGCGGCAAACGCUCACCUCAGCUGAACACGAAAUACUAUUCUACAAGGAGGAGCUGGAGCGGCAGCGUGGAGAGGUGGUCAGGAUGAGUCGAGAGUGUGACAAGCUCAAAGCAGCUCAGGUUUCUAAAGCUCCAAGUAGGCCUGCUCCUCCGGAAGUCAAUGCAAACUAUAUGGUUGAUUUGGACAAUAAAGUGAGAAGUUUGACUGCAACUUUGGUCAAGAAACAGCAGGCAGUGGAGAUUUUGACCGCAGAAAGAAAUGCUAUGCGAUUGCAACUGGAGAAGGCUGAGUUACGACUUCGUGAGUCUGCUAAUUUGUACAACCCUGGGAUGAUAGCUUGUGAUAUUAACACCACUGACGAUGCCAAGGCAGGAAUGAUGUCUGGCUUUCUACGAGAGAGGCUGGUGGACUCAAACGUCAGCAGGAGAUUUCGCAGAGCGUAUUCUACAUUCGAUUCGGUUGCAGGAUCUCUGAUGAGGCGAUAUCCCACAGCAAAAAUAUGCUUCAUCGCCUACUUGCUCCUUCUUCACAUCUGGGUUCUGGGAAUUCUAUUCACGUACACUCCAGACUCUUCCAACAAGCACAACACUCCAAUGAAGUAAUGAAAAUUGUGAUUUUGUUAAAAAAAAUCCUACGUAUUGCAUUUCUAGAUUGAAAUCCGUAACUGGAAAAUGAUAUUAGGUAUGCUCUCAUUAUUUGAUGUAAAAGCACCAGUAUAUAUAGCUUUUGAAGCAAUAAAUCAUAUCAAGCA